UGUUUGAUUAUUCAGGUCUGGCUCAUGGCCACAGAACACGGAAGUAGCGUUCGGAUAACGAAUGUAUCGCCGAUUGUUCGAGUGCCAGCGGCCUUCUGAUCACCUGUCUGCAGUUCAUAUUCAAGAACAAUGCGUGUCCUUCAGGUGUCAAGCUCUCCACGGAUCCAGGCACUGUUGACCAGCGCAUCCUCAGGCCUAGAAGGCUUCAAAGCUCACGCUGUCUUCCAGGAGAUCAAUAAAAAGCUGCAUGAGGAUGGAGAGCAGUUUGUGAAGAAGAUCGGAGGUGUGUUUGCCUUCAAGGUGAAGGACGGGCCGGACGGAAAGGAAGCCACCUGGAUCGUUGACGUUAAGAAUGGAAAAGGCUCCGUUCACAAUGAUGCCGAAAAGAAAGCAGACUGCACUAUUGCCAUGGCUGACUCUGACCUGCUAGACCUCAUGACUGGAAAGAUGAAUCCACAGACUGCGUUCUUUCAAGGCAAACUGAAGAUCACUGGAAACAUGGGCAUGGCCAUGAAACUUCAAAACCUGCAGCUGCAGCCAGGCAAGGCCAAGCUGUAAGAGGCGGAGUCAAGCUCAAAGAGGGCGGAGUCUUGAGUAGCUCCUCCCAUAGAGUUCACUCUAUUAGAGUAGCUGCACAGGAGUCAGAGACCGAAUGUGUUUCUGCGCUGUAGUGUUCAGCCUCUUUCUAACAAGGGAAAGUGAUAGUUCACCCAGAAAUAAAAUGGUCAUCGUUUACUCACCGUCGUUUCCCAUAAAAGUAGUCCAUAUUACUUGCAAAAACUGAUUUCUUCCUCAGUAUUUUUUCUCGCUUUCCAGAACAAAUAUCUAAACAUUCUUAAGUCAAGAUACAUUUACUUGAAAAGCAUAGUUUUUCAGAAAACAAGACUUUAAAAUAAGAAAAAGUAUCUGCCAAUGGGGGUCAGAAAAAUAAACUGAAUUUAAAUGAAAAACAAGAUAAUUUUUAUUACCAUUGCUGAUUUUCACUUAAUUUUGAUACAUUUUUCAGAAAAUAAAACAUGUCAUUUGGCUUCUCAAGUUAUUGCAUCUUAAUUUAAGAAUUGUUUGAUAUUAGUACUGGAAAACGACUAUAAAAUAAACUGAGGAAGAAAGACUUUUUUGCAGUACAGUCUUCUGAGACAAACGAAAGAUGUUAUGAACAGUCAUAUGGGUUUGGAACAACAUGAAGGUGAGUGAAUGAUGCCAGAAUCUGUUUUUUGGGUGAAUUAUUUAAUUAUGAAUCACUGAUAGAUACUGAUAAGUACUAUUUAAUUAAUACUGUUCUUAUCAAGACCGAUUUGAUAUCUUUGAUACGGUUUUCCUUUGACUGGCACCCAUAACGGUUUCAAUUAUAUGUGUGUGUGGAUCAAUUUCCCAAAAGCCUACCUGUGGUUUUAAAAAUUGUGUUUUUUGCUCUGAAAUGGUUUAUUGGAAGUGAGACCUGGUGUAAAGUGGCUGCAGUGUGUGUGUGUGCCUAACUCAAAACUAUCAACACACACACUGCAUGGUGUUGGGCUUUGAGGGAUGGAUGUGUUGUUAAAAUGUACGACAACAUUGAAAUUCUUUCUCUUUCAUCUUUAUAGUUAUUCUUCUUGGUUUAUUCUGUUUUACUGCUUUGAUAAAAACAGACAGCAAUUAUAAAUAUGUCCAUCAAAUCAGUGCAUUGAUAUAUUUGAUAGUAUCCUUCAGGUGUUAUUGGAGCAUCGUUUCAUGUGUGUCUCUCAAGCACGUCAGUGAAUGCUAAAAUACUUUUGUACUAAAUAAACUUAAUCUUUCUCAUGAAAA